UUGUAUGCUUUGUCGUGUCAGAUCGCGUGACCUUCCUUCUAUAAAUUGAUGUCUUUGUCACGUUUAUUGCUCUCCCUCACUCCAAUUCGAAAAUACGUCAGAACAGCAACUAUACUGCUGCUGCUAAAGUGCUGCAUGAUUCCAGCAGGCAGCUUUCAAUAGUUCAGUAUCGUGGCAACUUGUGGUAGCUAUUGACGACUUUGCAGCGUGAGACCAAGCGUGACAAAUACAUAGUGCAGCGUAGAAACAAAAGCAGAAUGUUUUCGCGCGCUGUGUUUAAUUUUUUUUCUGGGGCGUUGCUAAUAAUUGCCUUUAUUCCGGAUGCGGCAUCUUAUAACAAAUAUGGAAGAACCUGUAAGGACAUUGGCUGCCGUACUGAUGAAACAUGUGUAAUGGCUGAGGAUCCUUGUAACGGCUAUACAGAUAAAUGCGGACGAUAUCCGACUUGUCGGAGGACAAGUGAUGUAAGUUGUACUAGUAUGGUUUGCGGAGAGAAUGAAUAUUGUAAGAGCGAAAAUGGCGCGCCGAAAUGUGUAAGAAAGUCUACAGGAUUAGCAUUACCUGUGGGACUAAACCAAGUGUCGCAUCGAUCGACAACAAGCGUGCCAUCGCCUCCGCCUAGAUCUUCAUCAUAUGGAGGAAGAUAUAGCGGUCACUCCGGCUCCAGAAAUACCGUAGGUGAUGGCUCCAUUUUCCAUCGUUUAUUCGGCAACGACCGUCAUCCUCGGCCGACCAGCUCUGCCAGAAGCACUAUGCAAACAAAUGGAAACAACUAUUAUAAUACUCACACUCACGUGGAUAAUUACGGGAACAGAAUUUGGACAUUUUCUGAGAAUGAAAUGAGGACACGAACAAUUCCAAAACGGCAAACUAGUUAUCCAACGGCAACCGAGACACACGGCUCUUCAGAUACUUCUAAAAAUUCAGACGACCAAUCGUAUCCUGCUAGAUCUUCUGGUUAUCCAUCCAGUUCAGGAUAUCCUGGUAGUAGCAGUUAUCCAUCCAGUUCAGGAUAUCCUGGUAGUAGCAGUUAUCCAUCCAGUUCAGGAUAUCCUGGUAGUAGCAGUUAUCCAAAUUCCGGAUCUUCGAGAGCUUCUGAUUCGUCAAAUCAACCGCGAUCUGGUUAUCCAAACAGUGGUUCUGGUUAUCCAUCCAGUGGAUCACCCAGCCAUUCAUAUUCUAACAGUGGAUUAUCUGGAUAUCCUUCGAGUGGCUCAUCUAAUUAUCCAUCUAGAGAUAGUUCUGGUUAUCCAACAGGAUCUGCAUAUCCAAGUAAAAAUAGCGGUUCUUCAGGAUAUCCAGAUAAUUCUAGGAAUUUUUAUGGCGAGGAGACUGUUAGACGAACCGGCGCUAGCGCUGUAAAUGCUGGCUAUCCGAGCAAUCCACGCACAUCCGUAUAUCCAGAAGGAAAUCCGUCAUACGGUGGUAACUAUCCGGCUCAAAAUACCGGAUAUCCGCACAAUAAUCAACAUUCUCCACAUUCUAAUCAAGGUUAUUCAAAUGGGUAUCCACAAAAUUAUCCGCAAGGAGGAUAUCCGCAAGGAGGAUAUCCGCAAGGAGGAUAUUAUCCACAAGCAGGAUAUUAUCCCGAAGGACGUUAUCAAGGUCAGAAUUAUAUGACUACUACCAAGCGUCCUGGCAUUCGAGAUCAAUUGACGAAUUUUGCACGAAACAUGGCAGAGAAGGUGUUGACGCAAACGAUACUAGAUCGCGUCACAGGCAGACAUUAAUAAAAUAACAGUACUAGCAUUUUUUGCACUCUAUAAAAUCUAAAUCGAAAUGUCUGAAAAUAUUAAUUACAUGUAUAGAAAAU